AUGCACCCAAGGUUACCCCUUUCCCACCUCCCUACCCUGCUGGGCCCACUCAUCCUCCUCCUGAUGUGGGGGCCUCAGGGGUCCAGGGCCCAGAAUGACACAGAGCCCAUCAUCCUGGAAGGGAAAUGUUUGGUGGUGUGUGACUCCACUCCAUCCUCGGAGCCUGCUGGUAAUGCUCUGGGCAUGUCCGUCCGCUCCGGCUCAGGAAGAGUCGCCUUUUCAGUCAGCAGGCAGACCAACCACGAGCCAACAGACAUGAGCAAUCGCACCAUGAUCAUCUACUUUGAUAAUGUGAGUGUGCUGCUGUGCAUGUCUGUAAUGUAGAACUCAGUUUGAAAUGAUAGACUCAAAAAGUGUGUGAAAGUUUGAGGUCUCCAACAGUUUUGUCUGACACCUCACCUUAUUCCACAUAUGGGAUCUUUUUUCUCUGCCACGAUAAAAAUAGGCGGGUCAGUUUUCUCCACAGUGUCUUUUCCAAAUAGUUUGCAGUCAGAAGUCUUCUCCCAAUAAGAUGCACAUAUGAUUAGAGAUCUGACAGUGAGGAAGAAAGUCUGAAUAAUGAGGUAAACACUGAGCUUUUAGACAGGGAUGCUUUUUUGGUCAACUUUGAGGCUUUUAUGGAAAUAUAAAUUCUGAAAAAAAAAGUGUUUUGGAAGAAGUCUGAGGUGUAAACUGUAAAAAGAAAAAGACAAACGCUGGAGAGCCUUGAGAUUGAAUGUGUUUGUAUUUAUUUUUUCUGUUAUCCCCACUCUUUACUGCUAACUUUCAAGUUUUUCCGUUUCCACCACAUACUCUGAACCCUCUAUAUCUACCUGUGUACACAACCCAUCCUUUGUCCUCUCUUCUUGUCUUUCUUCCUUUCCUCAUAUAUCAGAUUUUAGUGAAUGUGGGCACUCACUUUGACCAGGAGAGCAGCGUCUUCCUGGCCCCAAGAAGAGGCGUGUACAGCUUCAACUUUCAUGUCGUCAAGGCAUACAACAGACAAACUAUUCAGGUACAAAACCUCAUCUACAGCACCUUUUUUUCCUGAACGUCAGCAGGCACACUGUUUUUUCUAGACUUCUGUCCACCACCGAGUCGUCUCUGCUCAAGGUUUCUGCCUGUUAAAUCAAGUUUUCUUGCUAAAUCGAACAAAACUGAUUCUUUGGUUGGUCUUUCACUCCUUUAGGUCAGUCUGAUGCUGAAUGGCUGGCCGAUGAUUUCAGCAUUUGCCGGGGAUCAAGAUGUGACCAGAGAAGCGGCCACAAAUGCAGGUCUGGUGAUCAUGGAGAAAGGGGACAAAGCCUACCUGAGACUGGAGAGAGGAAACCUGAUGGGAGGCUGGAAGUACUCCACCUUCUCUGGGUUUCUCGUCUUCCCCUUGUGA